GAAUUUCUCGCAACCAUGAUGGUGAAUGGCGAAUCGUUGCCUCAACAAUGCCCUGUUAUGGGUGCGUUUGAGGAGACUGGGUGGCAUGCGCAAUGUCCAGUGUCGAAUCAGUGGUACAGAAAACCAGUUAAAAGUUUUUGCGGCUUUGACACAUACAGUGGGAACAGUGAACUUUCAACGCAUUGCUACGCCAAAAGCUACAAUGACUGUGAUGAUGGUUCUGGGAGUCAGCAGUAUUAUAGGCAACCAGUUGAUACAAUUCAUCAGAAUUACUAUCCACAAAGGCCCGUUCAGACCUCGCAGUUUUUACAAGCCUCGUUGCCCUGUUACCAGAGACAGGAGUGGGAUUAUAAUAGCAUGUGUUUUAAUGUUGAUGGUGCGCCUUGUCAGUACACAAAUGUCGUGGAUUUGGAAGAUUUUAUGAACAAUGAAAAGAGGAAGGAGAAAUCUCGUGUGGCGGCGCGUUGUCGGCGAACCAAAGAGAUGCAGAUAUUCGCCGAGAUGACAGCUGCUCUACCAGCCAAAAAGGAAAUGGUGGAACAGCUUGACAAGUCCUCGGUGAUGCGUCUUGCCAUAUCGUACCUGCGUGUACGCGAUAUUGUGUCUUUAUUACCUGCCGAUACAGAGCCACCUAAACUGAAAAGUCCUAAAGGUCUGGAGGAGAUACAAUCUGAGCUGUCCUAUAUGAAAGCGUUGGACGGCUUCGUGCUAGUUCUGUCACAGCAGGGCGACAUCAUUUACUGCAGUGAUAAUAUCACGGAGCACCUUGGAGUCUCACAGAUGGAAAUAAUGGGCCAAAGCGUGUUCGAGUUCAGCCACCCGUGCGACCAUGAGGAGAUACGUGAAGCGCUGCGCUCCAACGGCGCAGGGAGGCGAGACCUGCUGCUGCGUCUCAAGUGUACCCUGACCAGCAAAGGACGGAAUGUGCACAUCAAGUCGGCCUCAUAUAAGGUCAUCCAUAUGACGGGACACAUGUUGACUCCAGACAAGGAAAGCAACAAUAACGAUGAAGAAGGCAAGAAAGACUUGAAGAAGCCAACAAACGGUGCCCUGAUCGCAGUGGGGCGCCCGAUACCGCACCCUUCCAACAUCGAGGUGCCGCUGGACACAAAGACAUUCCUCACCAAGCAUAGUCUCGAUAUGAAGUUUACUUACACUGAUGAAGGUUUAUUGAACGCCCUCGGCUUCGAAUCAGAUGAAUUGGUCGGUUGUUCUCUGUACGACUACCAUCACGCAGCUGAUAGUGCAUCAUUGGUGCAACAAUUCAAGUCUUUGUUCUCGAAGGGACAAUGCGAAACCGGACAAUAUCGUUUCCUCGGCAAGAGCGGCGGCUACGCCUGGAUCCAGACACAAGCAACCGUCAUUACCGACAAGCAGCAGAAGCCGAGCUUCGUUGUUUGUGUAAACUACGUCAUAAGCGGUAUCGAGUGCAAAGAUGAAGUUUUUGCUGCACAUCAAGUGCAGCACGCAGACUUGAAGCCAGCUGUGGCGGCCUUGCCUGCAACUGCAGUUCCAAUUUGCGAUAACCCUGCACCAGCUAACGGUGCCAUUGUGGGAGUUAUUUUACCAGAAGAAGAACGACCAAUUCCUGUCACAGAACUUAUAUUUGCACCAAGGGAGAAGGAAAUGAACAAAGGCUUUCUCAUGUUCUCCCAAAAUAAGGGAAUUACAAGUGAGUGGAUGUUGAACCGCGACAGCUUAGUGCUCAAAGACGAGCCGGAGGAUCUGACCCAUUUGGCCCCAACGGCUGGAGAUGCCCACAUACUGUUGGAGAAUAGUCCGUUCGAUAUGUUUGAUGAUUUUAUACUCAAUGACAACUACUGCAGUUUACUUGGCGAUGAUCUCGCAAAUGGAUCUCCCGUAGAUUCUUUAAUUGGCGACUCCUUACUAUCAUCGCCUGAGCGCCAGGAAAAUGAAUCAACUGGUGAACAGUCUUCUCUUUUAACGGAAUUGUCAUUAGAUGCAUUCGAUAGUGCUCGAUCGGAUACUGACAUCGACGACGGAAAUUCCCCAUUUAUUCCAACCACCGAUGAAUUGCCAGUUUUGGAGCCGGCAGUUAUGUGGGGAGCAUUGCCAGACAGUGUUAGACAAGCGCGACCGCAACCCUCGGAGAUACAAAGCUCAUCACCAGCGCUGCAACGCCUUUUAGUAGCACCCCCCACCGGUCCUCCACCCCAAGAUAUCAUUACAAACAUUUACUCAGAACAAGGACUGAUUCCGAGCAGGAAUAUAUCUUCUUGGGACACGGGCGUAAAGAGAAUAAUGAAGCAAGAAGAGGAGCCAACGGCGAAACGCAUAAAGCGGAGCCCGACACCGACGCCGACGCAAACGUCGACUUCCUCGAGUGUUCUCAUGAACCUUCUGGAUAUACAGCAGUUGACAUCACAGCAGGCUGCUGGGAAAACCCUGCAGCAUCAAGUAUUGCAGAACACACAAAAUGCAGCUCGUCGCCUCCCGAUGUGCAAAAGUAUGCCGAUUCCUGUCAUUAACAUCGUUGAGGCUGCUCUAAAUAAACAGAACGCACGUGCCAACACGGCAUCCGGAGCUCAAAUGAUACGCUGGCCAAGUAAUUCCAUGUCUCCGCUGAGCUUAAAUAUCAGCAGCCCAAUGUGGUAUUCACUCCCAACCAGCCCCAAUUACAGUUCAUCGCUUAGCCCUGCACAGAAGAACCGUGUUCAAAGUCCUUAUGCAACACCGCAAUCCCUAUCACCUGCUAGUACCUACAGCCAAUACAGCCCAUCAAACAAACUAUCCCCAAACCCAGCCCUUCAAGGGUACGAUCCCUAUUUGUGUAACAAAAUGCAGCCAAGCCCAACCUUUUCCAUCCAUUCUAACGAAAUGCUUCUAGAUUCUAACAUGCCGUUGUCCACAUCUGAUUUGUGGCCCGAAUCCGAAAUGAUUCAGAAUACGAGCGACCUGUUAACCGCAUUUGACGAUGUCAAACUAGUCUAAGUGUGUUCGAGUGAUUUGUUUUUUUCACUGAAUGACGUAAUUACAAUAUUGAAUGCGAAUUAAAUUAAAGUAAGGAACGCAAUAAAUUUUCCUUACAAUGAAAACAUAUUUGAAUACAUUGCAUAUUUCAGUAAAUAAUUUACAGACAUUCCGUUCCACAGUAAAAUGUUUUGUUCUUACAGGAAUGCGGGGUCAUUGUAAAAGUCUACAAUAUCUGUUAAGUCAGUCUAAUUAUUUUAGAAUUUGUGAAAUGAUUACUUUCCGGUAAAAUAUGUAAUAAAUUAUAAACUUGCGGUCUUGUUUUUAUUUUCAUUCAGAUGAAAUAUUUCAUCACCAUUAGAGGGAUGUUUGACGUAAUUUUUUUGCUAAAUUGCAAUAAAAAUUGAAUAUAGGCAAUAAUUUAUCAAGUAGAUAAAUUUAUUUUUAUUUAAGAGUUGAGACCCAUCAUGUUAUAUAAAGUUUUUUAAUCAUCAUAAAAAAACUUUAAUAAAAUUGUAUGAUCAAAGUUAUAUAGAUACUCAGUUAGAAGUUAAGAAUCGUAGUUGAAUAAUUUGCAUACCUACAUGGGUGUUCGCACUACCAUAGUAUUUAUAUAUGUAAUAAAUAUACACUAUGUUAAAAAAAACCCUGUACGAUAAUUGUCACGGAUAUGAAGUUGAAUGCGGAGUCACCAGUAAAAAUAAAAUAAUCGAAACCCCUUAGAUUAAGAAAGAACAUUUCAUAAAUGUUUUAAAAAAUUUGAGAGCAAUGGCCUAUAGCUAGCAUCAGAUGCGCGGCGUGGCGGCUCAAACGAAUAGGGCGAUGUUUAUUAUUAAUACAAAACUUUCGAUUUUGCCGCCACGCGCGCCCUUCGCAUGAAUGAAUGGAAUGGGUGUGUGGGCGGGGAAAAAUUAAACUUUUAUAAUUGGGUACAUUUAUAAUAUUGUUUCUUUUACUUUUUUUAUGUGCGUAUUUCCUGAAACUUAAUAUUUAUCUGUUCUCACUACUUGGUACCAAUAUACGCCUCAUGAUAUAGUACAGGUUUUUUUUAACAACCUGUAUAAUUUAUUAUAAGUAAUUUUUUGGUGGAUAUUGUAACAUCUAUAGCAACCGCCACAACCAAAGCGAAAAUAAAAAUCAGAAAUUAUUCUCACAGUAAAUGCGUAUGUGCGAAAGAGUGCGAGAUAUCGGCAAUACUGCUCUACAGUAUACAUAAAACAAGUUUUGGUGAUUACUAUUUGUACUAUACUAAUAUAUAAUAUCAAGAUCAUAUGUUUAUAUUAAAACAUAUAUAGAUUUGCAUUGCAACCUGCACAUUUAAAUUUUAGGUAGUUUAAAAUAAUUAGUUUAAGUUUGAAUAUAAUUAUUUUCAUAUUUAUAUUAUAAGGUGCUGUUGUGUAAUAUAAUUUAAAAUUUAUUAUCAUUGUACUAAAACUGACUUAAAUUCUUCCGUACUCGAUGGAUAAACUAGAUUUUUUAAACGUUAUUGUUUUUAAUAUGAAUAAUUGUUUGAUUAGUGUUUAGAAGUACAUAUUCUAUACACUCGAAUAUAUUGCAACAAUAAUAUUAUGUAGAACUUGUAUCAGUAACAUUAUAAUAUAUAUUAAGAGUAAUUUUUUGUUAUCAAUUUCCAUAUCAUUUAAGUACAAGUACACAUUAAACUGAACAUUAUUGAAUGCUAUUGUUAAAAUUAAUUUAUAAUCUCGAUAGUUUUAAAUAUCAUUCAAAUGUUAUGGGUUGUAUGUUAAGUAAAUAAAUUAACUUUUAAAUUCAAUUUCUAAAGGUAUUUAAUUAUGUUAGUUUGGUUUGGGAAAUUCGGAAUGUAGACUAGAAUGGAAACCUAGGUUCUGUUUGGUUACUUUUAAUUCCGAUAUCAGAUGAAACCUUUAUUAGUUUUUAAGAAAAUAAAAACAAAUUGGUAUUUAUAAUUUUAUAAUUUAGUCAAAUUUAUUUUUACAGUGUCACUGGUGAGACAAUAACGAUAUUUAAGUACUCGGUACUUCAUUCUAAAUUCAAAUAAAAUUAUUCAAAAUAUUUAUAUAACAUCACUUAUUGAUAGUCAAAAACUACCACCCAUUCGAAAAGUAGGCUUCAGGUAGUUCUUGCAGGCUUCUUUUUUUUAUAUAAAAAUACGGUUACAGUGUAAUAAUAUCAUAUAGUAAAAUUGAUCAUGUCACCUCAGGGCGGCACACCGUUCCCAAUCUGUGGCAUUUUUAAUAAAGUUGUGUUAUAGUAACCUUUACCACACAAACGUUUUAUUUUGAAUUUCUUUUGAACAAUUUUUUUGAAUUUCGUAACACAUUUGUUUUGAAUAUCUUCUGGGAUAUUGUUGUGAAAUCAUUUAAAACAUUGCCCCACAAAAGAACUAGUAAUUCGACUUAGCCAAAUAAGUUUGUAUGUUCCUGAUUACAAUAUGGUUAUAACAGUUUCUAGCAAAUUCACUUAUGUACCUAUGUACAUACUUAACAUUGCCAAGAACAUAUUUAAUUUUUGAACAAAUUUCGUUAUAAAAAAAAAUUGUCGAUACAUCUCCGCUGAGGGUGCAACUCGUGUUAGUUAAGGGCAAGCACCGGCAGGUCUGUGUAUCCGCCCUCCCGCUUCCUACUGCCGCGCCCUGCGAUUAGCGUCUACUCUGUGCAUCCGCGUCGUGACCUUGCAAUGCGUAGGUACCUAAUUAAAUUCUUAACUCUCGGUUAAGUUUACUAAGUAUUUAGUUAAAAUAUCGAAUAUCAUUAAUAUCUCGACAGUCUAGCUGUAUAGGUUCAAUAAUGUAUCUGGUACAACUUGUACAUUUAAAGUAUAAUUAUUUCUACUAUUUUAUGGAAUAACACGCGGGUAAUCUAGUAGUAAAUGGUCACAGCUGCUAUAAGUUUUUUUUAAUAUGCUCAUAUUGUAUCGACCUAUGAAUAUAUUUUGCAAGGACAUAAGUGUCUUGAUAAUCUCAAAAACGCCCCUAAACCGAAUGGUGAGGAAUAUAUUAUUUGUGCACAGCUUGUGGCACGAUUCUGAAAGUUCCAUUAAUUUGGAGCAGGAAUUGAUAAUCGUAAAUAAAAUGUCAAUAUUUUUCUUUUGUUUUUUUGAAGUUUUUUUCGAAGACUGGGAAAUAAAUGUUUUUAUUAUGCUGUAAUUCACAUAGUGAAUGCACGCACAAAGGUUGGGUUUUGAAUUGUCUUUGCGUAAGAGUUAAUCUAAUAGUCGAUUUUUAAUAGAAUAACGUAAUUAUUUCGAAGUUGUCAACAGUUUCAAUAACAAAAAAAGAAGGUAUGUUAUUGAUUAUAUAUAUUUUAGGCUCCUUUGCACAGGUUGCCGGCUAGAUUGUGUGUACCACAACGGCGGCUAUUUCUGCCGUGAAACAGUAAUGUGUAAACAUUACUGUGUUUGGUCUGAACGGCGCCGUAGCUAGUGAUAUUUCUGGGCGAAUGAGACUUAACAUCUGAAGUCUCAAAGUGACGAGCGCAGUUGUAGUGACGCUCAGAAUUUUUGGGUUUCUCAAUAAUCUUGAGCGGCACUUGGACGUAUCAAUUACCAUAAGCUGAUCGUCCUGCUCGUCUCGUCCCUUAUUUUCACUUUAAAAAAUUAAUUUAAAUUUGACUGGCUAUUUUAAGUAGCGUAGACUAUGUAUGUAGCACGAAUAGGCUACUGUCAAAUAAUAAUGCAAAGUCUGUGCCAUAGUAUUUUGUUUUCAGUCUUAUUUUUGAUUGGCCAUUGAAAUGUUAUGUAUCUAUAUAAUAUGUAUAGUAUAUUCAAUUCAAAUUUGAUAAUAAUUAUGUAAAUAGAUAUAAUCAUAUAUUUUAUAUAUUUUGAGAUUAAAUUUCUAACAUUUAUAA